CUAUACAAAAAAUAAUAAUAAUAAUAAAUAAAUUGUAUAAAAAAAACGUUCCAGCGAUUGCUAAGAACCGCUGUAGAGUGUCUUCGUCCCAAUAAAAUGCCUUUCAGCCCUUUUGUUUGCUAGUCGCGAAGUUAAUGAAUCAUUCUUGAAAACUGCCUGACUGGACUAUUAAAAGUGCAUUUAAACCAAACCAAAUCAGCAACACACGAGCAAAUGUUACAGCACCCCAAGACAAUGACCAAUAUCCGAUCGCUGGUGCCGGAGCUGGCGGAGCAGGCUCGCAUCAAGCUCAAGGAGGACGAGACGACCAGGGCGGACUGCAUCGAGGCGUUGCGCGCCUGGAUCACUGAACUUAAUUACCUGCAGGCGCGAACCGACGAUCAGUUUCUGGUCGCCUUCCUGCGCCACUGCCACUGGAACGUGGAUGAGGCCAAGAAGCGCGUAUUGUUCUAUUACACAUACAAGUCCAAAGAGAAGGAGCUCUUCAAGAGUCGCCUAGUGGACGACAAGCUUCUGGAGAUGGCUCGCUCUGGAAUCUUUGCCACGUUGCCCAGUCCGAUCGGUCCCGGCGGCCCCCGCAUCCACUACACACGCAUGGGCCACAUAGAGCCCUCGAAGCACAGCGUGAGCGAUAUUUUCCGCUUUCAUGCCUUCCGCGCCGAAAUCGAGAUCAACACGGACGACAACUGGAACAUUGCCGGGGUGGUCGAGAUAAUUGAUUUCACCAAGAUCCCCUACUCCUUGCUUCUCCAGUUCGACCCGGGAAUGUUCCGGCGCAUGAACGCCUUCCUCGAGCACGGCAUACCCACGAAUUUAGUUGCCACCCACAUCGUGAACGCGUCGCGUGAGACACAGUUCGUGCUCGGCCUCGUGCGCAAUGCGAUGAAGCAGAAGGAGCUGCUGCACAUCCACUCCAACCUCGAGUCGCUGCAGCGCGUCAUCGGCAAGGAGUAUCUGCCCGCGGAGUUGGUUGGGGAUAACGGCACUCUGGGCGAUGCAAUGACACGGUACGAGACCCAGUUGACCAGCUUCGUCCCGUACUUCAAGGAGGAGGAACGCUACGGCGUGGAUGGGAAGCUACGUGAGGCCAGCGAGAAGGAGCAGGAGAAGACCCCGGCUCUGGGGGCUGGCGUCGCCAACGAGGGCUCCUUUCGCAAGCUGAACUUCAAUUGAGGCGUCCUGGCGGCAUGUCGUGUGGCAGUUAGUUGUAUAUUCAGAUGCACAUACUACUAUUUACACCCCCUCUAUAUAUAUACAGACAUCCCGAUAUGUACAAACAAAUGUAAAAAUUCAACAGCGCUAUAGCGAUCCUUGGUCAAAGAAAAACCUGAUAUUUUAUAAAAGAAACCUACUAGAGCAGCAUGGAACCUAUAAGCAAAUUCAACAAUAUUAUAUACAAGUCCACACUAAAAGCGAACCCUAAAAGAAAAACAAGAAGAAGAAUAUGAAACGCCAUCAAAUGGUAUAAAAACCUCACAUGAAUGUCGAUUAUAAUUUAUUGUUGUUCUUUAUUAAUGCACACACAUAACACACACUUCCAUACAUACAUUCUAACAUUCUAACAUCCAGCCGGAUGCGGUGCGUAGCGGCCCUUGCACGGCUUUGCCUCGACAAUUUAUCCGCCCCAUAACGCAUUUCGCUCACCUCACGAUGAAUGUCGUCUUCUCUUCUUUUACUUAUGUGCUAAGUUCUUGUUGGGUUUUACCUUAAAGUUUAAACGCAUACAUUUAUAUACAUACAUACAUGCUUGACUUGAAUUCAUGGGAACAUAUAUUUUUUCGAUAAUUUUUGCUUAACUAGUUAAGUGUUGUUUCUACUAAUUUUUGAUACUAGUUUACACAUGUACAUGUACACAUAUAGUAUAUCGUAGGUAUAGAUGCAUAUACCUAUAAUAUAAAGUCGAAAUACAAA